GGGAGCUGUAGUCUGGCCCUCACCUCCGGCCUGGCUGCUGCAAAGCCGGCUGCCCGCAGCUUUGGGCUGCCCACUGCUCUGCUCCUUGGGUAAUCGUACCCGCAGAGCCCCUUCCUGCUGGAGAAGGCACCUGGGCCCCUGCCUGGUGGGCAGAGGUGCCUGUGCUGAGCCGGGCUGGGAUCUGCCCUGUGCCAGUCCCAGCAGAGCUGAGUGUCCAUGCAGGGAUGGAGCACUCCGAGGAGCUGGAGAGCAGGCUCCUGACCCAGCCUUGGGCUUCUGUUUGCUUUGACGAGUCCACUUUUAUUGCCAAAGCUUGCUUCGGCGAUACAGGCUACAUGCUGCUGAUCUCCGACCUCAGCGGUGUCUGGUACGAGAGUGCUGACGCGGAGGCUGUGGGCCAAAGGUCCAAGGAGCUGAACAAGCGGCUGACGGCCCACGUCUCCUCGGUCCUGCAGCGCCUGCACGGCCUGCUGAGCCCCGCGCUGGCAGGGCAGCCGCACGCCGCCACCUCCUUCUCCUGCCAGCGCCCGGCCGGCGGGCUCAGCCUGCGCGUGAGGAGCGAGCUCUCGGGGCUGCCCUUCUACUGGGACUUCCGCUGCCGCCCCGCUCCCGUGGCGACGGUGUGCCGUCACCUCGUGCGUCCCCUGGUACGGAUGAGCCUGGCUUUGCAGCACCAGGUGCAAGAGCUGACCUCCCUGCUGCUCCGGAAGGAUGCUGAGAUCGAAGACUACAGGGAGAGCGGGGCCACUCUGAGCAGAGAUCGCCUGCGAACAGAGCCCUUCCAGGAGGAGACGUUUCUGCAGAACAUCAUGGCUGAGAGCCUGCCCCAAAUCUGCAGUGCAGAAGAUGGGCAUGCAUUCACCUCUGCUCUGCCGCAGCUCUACAUGGCAGUGACGCUGCAGGAGGCCAAGCAGGCUCGGAAACGGCAUCACCCAGAGGACACCGAGGACCUGGCGCCUACUGCAGAAACCUCAGGGCACCCCGACCCGGCGCCCCAGGCCCCAGCGGAUGAAACAGCAUCUUUGAAUGAGGAAGCCACGCCGACCUCCUCCCCAGUGCAGAAGCCCCGGCUACCCGUGGCCAAGGCCAAGCCGAAGAAGGCGAAAGGACUCUUCAGCUGAAAGGUUGGGUUGCUGCUGCCGUCCUGAGGGUCUCUGCUCCCGCAGCACCCGAGAGAGGCUGUGUGGAUCACCACCUGCCCUCUGCCUCAUCCACAUCUCCCUGUGGAUCCUUCUGGGGUCAUUCUCCACUGGCGGGGAGAUGGAGUUUCUUGUCCGCCUGCUGAUAUCUCAGGGAAUCCUUUGGUGCUUCUGCCCAGAUGCAGAUCCCAGGCUGCCUGUGUGGAGCUCGUGCUGGACCUGGGGGUAGUGGGGGGGAUGCUGCCGUGUGGGUGCCAGGACAGAUGCUGCAGGGCUCUGGUGUGGUGUGGCUUUGGCUGGAAGACAGUGUGUCCUGCCCUUGUGUCAGUCUGCAAUAAAGGGCUGUGUCUGGGUGA